AUGACGAGUGACAGAGCUCUUGGACUUGACUUGUCGCAACGACCAAGGUACUCUCAUCCGAGGAAACUAGCGUUCCGAUGCUUUGCAACUGUUCGCUCGGACAUUCACCAUACGGGUUCACCUCAAGACCCAUUUUGGCCUGAUCUACCUUUGCCCAAUGCAGUGCCGACUCCGUAUCAGAUCUUCAGACUGAAGAAAGACUCGCCAUACUCGAAGCGCAGGUUUUACGAACUCGUCAAAGUCUAUCAUCCGGAUAAGAAUGACCACGAGUCCGGGUCCUCCGAUACAAGUGAUCUACCUGGGUCAAUAAGGAUGGAGCGCUACCGUCUGGUAGUCACUGCCCACGAGAUCCUUUCAGAUCCUGUUAAACGGAGCGCUUACGACAAAUUUGGAGCCGGUUGGAAUGGCCAGCCAGAUCAUGGAGCCCCAAAAUACCACUGGGGGCAAAACAAUGAUAAAAGAUGGUCCGGCUUUGACACGAAUGAUUCCCCAUUCAGGAAUGCAACUUGGGAGGAUUGGGAAAAGUGGUAUCAGAGGGACAAAGCCAAGCAAGAGCCUGUCUAUUUCUCUAAUGGCGGAUUCUUGAUGCUUGUGCUCGCGGCCGUAUUUCUCGGUGGCUUCGGGCAAUCUAUCCGAGUUGGAGAGAAUAUGUUCCAAAGGCAAGUUGAAAAGGUUCAUGAUGAUGCCAGCAAAGCAAUUCGACAACGGAGGACAGAGUCCCAAGGAUUCGGAAAUAGAGAUGAGAGGUUACAAAGUUUCCUGAGAACGAGGGAUCCACACGGCUACGGGGUUACAGACCCGCUGGAAGAAAGCUAUCGGAAGCUCCUGCAACAGCCGGAGAUAUGCAUGAGCGACGUUAUCAAUCAAAGAGGUCAUGAUCAUGGUCAGGAAUCAAAGUCGUGA